AUGACUGCAAAUAUCCAGCUUGAGGAGGAUCAAGCCGAAGUUUCGAAGCCACUACGCAGGCAGCGAUUAAGAAUCGCAAUUGCUUGUCAAUAUUGUCGCUCCAAAAAAGUGAAAUGUGACGGUGGACGUCCUGCAUGUGCCCGGUGCCAUGGAGGACAAAAGACAUGUACCUACGGCCGGGAUAGCUUCAUCGACAAGCAACAAUCCCGGAAAGGAGCUCUGAAUAGACACCCACAGCUCAUCCGCCCUGCGCCCAUAUUGCGGCCAGACUUGGACGCUCAGAAAGCUCACUCGCUCGAGUCUCCGUUGCCAAUCGAGUCUUCCUCAAGGUCGAAUGACUCGCAUCAUGAACACGACCAGGAUCUCGAACAGAACCCUAAGCCGGCUCACGACGAUAAUCCUACAUACUACACCGCACACGGGCAGUUUGCUGAUCAAGUCGCCGCCGCUAUAGAUGCGAGAGCAGGUGUCGUCCCAGCUACAACUUCGACCCUUAUCCCGUUUAUCAAUGCGCCUCUGUUUGGAGAGAUCGACCUGGAUUCCCCAUUCAGUGUUCUCGAUCUUGCUGUUUAUUUGCCUCCCCAGGCACAUGCUGAUACCCUUGUCGAUAUAUACUGGGAAUACGUGGAUCCUGUGGAGCCCGUCUUGGACCGGGAAUGCUUUUUCGACAACUAUAAAGCCGCGUUUUGCAGACAGGGUGCAAUAUUCCUAGGGGACCGCGAGGUUUGGCUAAGUAUAAUCAAUCUUGUUUUUGCAUUAGCAGUGCAGAGACAGGAAUCUAUCCCCGUGCAACAGCGAAAUCAAGAAGGAAUUUGUUAUUUCCAGCGUGCCAGAGCUCUCCUCCGUCCGGAAACAAUUCUAUGGAAGCCUGGGUCGCCAGAGCUGGUUCAGUGCUUGAUCAUUAUGAACCGGUUUCUCCACUGCACCAACAAUCCGCAAAAGACAUGGCUGACGGCGGGUUUGGCGAUGCGAAUUUGCCAGGGUAUGUAUUUUCAUGCUCCCGAGACCUCUUCUCGCAAAGAAAGGCAGCUGAAACACCAAGUCUGGGCCACCUGCCUUGCCAUGGAUCGAUGCAUUUCAUGGUCACUUGGUAGGGCAUCAGCACCGUUUCUAAACAUCUUGCCCAACACGCCUGAUCCCACAUCUUUCAGCGGGGAAGAUACCGAUGACUUUCUGAGGUCAGCGGAACUUCAUGGAAUCGGCAACCAGAUUCACUUGGCACAGAUACAGACUCAGAAUAGUCCGGGUGGGAGGUUGGGUCUGCACCGUCCGUAUCAACAAGCCGAGUACCAUGUGACGGCGGUGCAGCUAGAUUACUGCCUCAAUAGAUGGGAAAAUGGCCUACCUAGUGACUGGAAGUUGGAGAGCAUUCAAAAAGUCGUCGACAGGACUUCUCGAUCAAGACGCUCAGGAGGCGCUGCUUCCGCAUUCAAAUUGCCGUGGCCUGGCCUGAAAGUGAACGCGGAAGCUGAAAUAUCCCCCAUCUUCAUUGCUGAAGAGAGCCCCCAAGGAAUCGCGGCACUAUCCUGGGAAGAUUCACACUUGGCACAAGGCGAGACAUCCACCAUUUACAGUGCCAAAGCAUCUCUGGCUUGGACGUCACACGAAGGUUUGGAGAGGGGGGCAUCGACAACUAUCAAAGUAGCAAUCAAGAAGCUGAAGACAAAAACUCCACUGGAGCAAUUCUUGGUUGAGUUUGAGGCCUUACAAAAUAUUCGCCGGACGAAUCACCCCAACGUCAUCCAGGUCUUGCAGGCUUUCCGUUGGGAGGAGAUGGAGACCCAACCUUUCAAUCUAAUAUUCCCUCUUGCCCUCGGAAACCUCAAACAGGUAUUCAGAGGGUCUAUUGGAAACGUCCAGAUCCCGAACUUGGCACAAGAUUUGUGGUCCCAGUUUGAAGGCGUUGCCGGUGGGCUCGAAUCUGUCCACAUCAAAUGCCAUACGGUACACAGAGACAUCAAGCCUUCCAACAUUCUCAUCUACAGUGAACCUGGUCAUCCAACAAUUCUGGCGAAGAUUGCAGAUUUUGGACUCGCCAUAAACGUGGAAAAUGCCACCACAUAUAGCCUGGGGUCCACAGACGCACAAUCUGCUUUGAAGUAUGAUGCACCUGAGAUUCUCAAAUCAGCACAAGAACUUGGAAUUGACCCGCUGCAAAUACCCAGCCCAGGUUCCCUUUUACAAGCCGAUAUCUGGAAACCGGGUAGUGUGUUCACCGAGCUCCUGACUUUCUUACUCCUGGGAUGUGACGGGCUGAAAGAGUUUCGGUGCUCUAUUACGACGACUAGCGGUGGCUUAACAUCAGAUGCAGUUGGUGAUUUUCGAUUUCAUGACGGUGAAAAGUGGUGCGGCAGCCAACUCGCAGUCGAUAUCCCCAAUGAUUUGUUUCUGGAGUACAAGCGAAUUUGUAUCCCCAUCUCGCAACCACCACAGUACUUACCAGCUGCUCCACCUUAUCCUGCCUCAUAUGGCUCGUCCGCUGGUGUCGCAAUAGCGAUUCAAACACCACCAGUUCCGCUACAGCCCGUUCCUCCGGCAUAUUUCCCACAAACUCAAAACCUCUCCUAUGUAGGAGGACAGACAGCUACACCGAUACAGCCCCAAACUCCACCACCUACCCAGCCAAAGGAGCUGUAUUGGUGCAUCGACAAGGCUUGGUCAGAGAUCCCCAAGACCUGUUUAUCGGCCAUUGAUGUCACACGAGUCCAUGACGACAAACGGUUAUUUCGACUUCUUGUAAGCGAGUACAAGCGCCGGCGAGGCUUUGGCCGAUAUUUUUCUUGGAAACGUUGUUUAGGAGUUGAAUUCAUAAAGUUCUGCGUAAUUAGCGACUCUGACCAAAGUGUCUCGAAACUGAACGAAGGCUUGCCAUCACUCGUCAAUACACCGCAACUGUAUAGCUACAGCUUGACACCUCCAGCCCAAGUUCACAUGAUGAUUGCCAGCGCGCACAUUAUCGAAGGGCUGAUGAAGCCCAAGCUGGUGACGGGAGUGCAGGUUCUAGAGUUAAUCCCGAAACGCCUCGAUCACCAACACACUUGGAGUCCAGGGACACAGGCAUGGGGCAUUCGCAGUACGCAUGGAUGGUCGCUCAUAAAGACUGCGGCGUGGUUGUCAAUCAUCACCGUUAUGGGCCUGGCCUUUUUUAUCUUCUGGCUGGCCAAGAUCAGCAAGACUGACCUGCAGAACGCCGCCGUACCCAUGAUGUUCCUCGUAACGAUGUUGAUGCUCGUGAUAGGAGUGCCACAAUUUUUGAGACGAGGAUAG